UAAAGUUGCACGGUCAGGUUUCUUGGUAUCGUAUCGCGAAAUUGGUAGAUUCAAAUGACUGUCUUUUAAGUUCCGAAGGCAAAAUUCGUGCCGAGAAUAUGGCUUACAGCAUGGACCAAGAUCCCGACAUUGGAGAUGCGUCCACGGGGAGGAUUUUCGCAGGAAAAUUUAAACGGCAUGCCGAUCUCAACGAACUUCUCGCCAGCACAAAGGACAGAGACAAGUUGGAAGCCAUGAGACGGAUUAUCGAGUCUGUAUCAAGUGGAAAAGAUGUUUCUCAACUUUUUGCAUCGGUGGUGAAGAAUGUAGUGUCCAAAAAUCCUGAAAUAAAGAAAUUAGUUUAUGUCUACCUGGUUCGAUAUGCUGAAGAACAACAAGAUUUGGCCUUGUUGUCUAUCAGUACAUUUCAAAAGGCAUUGAAGGAUCCUAAUCAACUCAUUCGUGCAAGUGCCUUGCGAGUCCUAUCAAGUAUCCGUGUGUCCAUAAUUGUUCCUAUCAUGAUGCUAGCCAUUAAAGAGGCAGUCACGGACAUGUCGCCAUUUGUGAGGAAAACUGCUUGUCAUGCCAUUCCCAAACUGUACAACCUUGAUCCUGAAUUGAAAGAGCCUUUGGUUGAAGUCAUUGAAAGACUUCUUAAAGAUAAGACUACACUUGUAUCUGGAAGUGCAGUCAUGGCAUUUGAAGAACUCUGUCCCGACAGAAUUGAUCUUAUUCAUAAAAACUACCGUAAACUGUGCAAUCUGCUUGUUGAUAUUGAUGAAUGGGGACAAACUGCCGUCAUACAUAUGUUGACACGUUACGCAAGGUCACAGUUUGUUGAUCCUAACAAAGAGGAACCGGAAAACGAACAGUUUUAUCCAAGUUCCCAAGAGAGCGAGGACGACGAAGAAGAUAAGAAUGACAAAAGUGAUAAAAAGAAACCAUACAUAAUGGAUCCUGAUCAUCGCCUCAUUUUGCGUGUCACCAAGCCAUUGCUGCAAAGCCGGAAUUCUGCUGUUGUAUUGGCUGUCGCUCGACUCUAUCAUCAUUGUGCCCCUGCUUGUGAAGUUGGAGUUGUAACGAGAGCGCUCGUAAGGCUUCUCAAAGGACACAGAGAAGUUCAAUAUGUCGUUCUUAGCAAUAUAGCAACAUUAUCAUCGACAAGGAAGGGAAUGUUUGAAGCGCAUCUGAAAAGUUUCUUCGUUCAUUCCAACGACUCAAAAUAUAUCAAAACAUUUAAGCUUGAAAUAAUGACGAACAUCGCUUCGGAAAGUAAUAUAACGUUGCUAUUGCGGGAAUUUCAGAAUUACAUCAACAAUUCGGACAAAGAGUUCGUUGCGUCGACGAUACAAGCCAUUGGCCGUUGUGCAUCGAACAUUCCCGAAGUUACAGAUACCUGUUUAACCGGUCUAGUUAGACUGCUAUCCAAUAGGAAUGAAACGGUGGUGGCUGAAAGCGUUGUAAUGAUAAAAAAAUUAUUACAAUUAAAGCAUAAAGAUAAAUCUCAAAUAAUCAUACAAAUGACAAAAAUACUGAAUAAAAUUACGGUUCCCAUGGCUCGUGCCAGUAUCAUUUGGCUCGUCGGUGAAUAUGCGGAACGUGUUCCAAAAGUUGCCCCGGAUGUACUGAGAAUAGCCGCGAAGUCAUUCACAAAGGAGGAGGAUAUUGUGAAAUUACAAAUCAUCAAUCUUGGUGCGAAAUUAAUUCUAAUCAAUCCAAACCAGACUCAGCAGUUGUGUCAAUAUGUAUUAAAUCUCGCCAAAUAUGACCAGAGCUACGAUAUAAGGGAUCGAGCGCGAUUACGUCCCAUUGUGUUUCCCGGAGAGAAGGUGGGACAGAUUGUUAAACACUCCAAGAAAAUAUUGCUGGCUUCCAAACCACCUCCCGUGUUAGAGUCAUCUUUCAAAGGUCAUGGUGAGUUCAUCGUCGGCUCUCUCUCUCAUCUCAUAAACGCACGAGCGUCUGGCUAUCAAGAACUUCCCGAAUACCCCGAGGUCCCUCCCGAUCCCUCUGUUAGAAACGUCGAGGUCGAGCCGUUGUGGGAGAAAUCUAAAUCGAAGUCAAGAUCAAAGAAAAAGUCUACAUUUUACUCGAGUGAAUCUGAAUCCGACUCUGCGUCGGAAUCUGAAUCAGGCUCCGGUUCAAGUGGAAGCAGCGGAAGUGAAAGUGAGAGCGAUGAAGGCAGCGAGAGCGUCAGUAAAUCUAGCAUGGAGUCUUUACCUGGAUCGGAAACAGAAAGCCAAGAGAGCGACGACGAAGGGGAAAAAUGAAAGAGCAAAGA